UUGUGUGAGCGCGUGCACCGCGUGGGGUGCCAGGACGCGAGCGCGCGUGGUGUCUCCGCAUGUGACGUAGAAUUCCUUGUGCGGGAGUGAACGAACGCUCGGCAUCAAGCGGUGUGUGGGCUAGGAGAGGCAGCGCGGGGGGAUUCGAGCUUCGCUAGUCAAAGAUCGCGACUAUUUAAACAUGUCGGGGGACAACGACGAAACGCAGGCGCCAGAGGAGACAUCGGUGGAGGAGAAGGAUGUUCAGGAGAAAGUGAUCAGCCCGGAGAAGGCGGAGGAGGCUAAGCUGAAGGCGAGAUACCCAAAUUUAGGGAACAAACCCGGAGGCUCUGAUCUGCUUCGCAAACGCCUCCAGAAAGGGCAAAAGUACUUUGAUUCAGGCGACUACAACAUGGCCAAAGCAAAGAUAAAGAACAAACAGCUGCCAACAGCUGCACCAGAGAAGACCGAGAUCACAGGGGACCACAUCCCGACCCCCCAGGACCUGCCCCAAAGGAAACCGUCUCUGGUGGCCAGUAAACUGGCAGGCUGAUGCACAUUAAGCCUCAGCAGCUACUGCAGCUAGUCUCAGAGCUGUAAAAUUACUUCUCCCCCUCCACAAUGUCAUCCAUGCCCCACCUCUGACCCCAACCCCACCCUACAAGACUGCACACCCAGCAAGCUGUCUAGCAUAUACCCUCCAGUCCUCUGUUUGUCACCCUACAUGGCUCUGUCUGUACUGCCUCCUAGUUUCGUUUAUGUUUUUCUCUACUCCCCCAAACUGACUCCCCUCCUUUUUAUUGAUACACUGUUCUGUCAUUUACUUUCCAUGUUCUUUUUAAUGUUCUCUUCUAUGUAAGAUACACUGAAAGACGACACGUCCCAGCGUGAGUGUAAAGAUUGAACAGUGACUCCUAUUGAAUAAUCAGCACUAUGAUGUUUACUGGCUGAGGAGAGGGACAAGCAGCAGAUUCUGCGUCUUGUAUGGUUGAAGGGCUUUAGUGUGGCUAUCAGGAUUCCUCACUUUGGAAGGGAAUGUGUUUGUUGUAUAUAUAUGUACACAUAUAUAUAGCUAUAUUUGCUUUAAGUUUGGCACAGGGGGCACUUGCCAGCCUUUUAACACAUUUUUAUCAAAUUUCUUCAAAGUACUGUAUGUGCUUACUCAAAGUUUGUCAUCAUGCCUGGCUGAUUUGCUAAAAAUUGACCCAAAUCCAUAGCUCACUUUUGUUAACAGCGUGAUUGUUAAAUGCGGUUAAACUGUUACUAAAGGACAAUAGAAGCCAAAGUGUCCUAUGAAACUGCAUGUCUGACACAAGGCUCUCCAGUCUCCCUUUUACUCCAUUAAGGUGCGCUAAAUGGGCUUUUAAACAGAUGCCUGAACAUUAAAGUGCAGCAUAAAAGCACUGGGUGACAGAUAUGUGGUUCAUUCAACACCGCUGGAAAUGAGAAGGGAGGGAAUGUGAUUUUGCUCAUGUCUGAAACCCUUAUGUCUAAAAUGACUCUUCCACAGGACCGUUCAAAUUCAGAUAAUGAAAUAGUACUUUUAUCAGGGUUUCUAGUUGUUUGUUGCUGUGAAUGAGGCAUUAAUAAGAGUAAAAAAACUUUAUUAAUUUCACAGUGGGGAAAUAUCAUUAGCAUGAAAAAAUGACUAAAUCAUGAAAUCCUGGCAGCAGGAGUCGAUGUUUGUGCAAUUAUAAAACUCAGCACUGGGAAGGAGAGGUGACAUCAAUUAUUUGUGGGUUUAAGACGAACUUAUAAGUGAAAGUUUUAUCUAACGUAUCUGCCGUGCAUAUUGAUUUUUCAGUCUUCACAGACUGGUUGAAGUUAACCUGCGCUGCGAUCAAUCUAAGCAGCGUCUGUCUAAACUGUGCAUGUAUAUGGCUGCCCUGCUGUCAUUUUGUGCCAUUUUGUUUUGUAAAUAAAAUAGUUUUGCACAAAUGCCUAA